AUGAAUAAGAGAUACUUACAGAAAGCAACAAAAGGAAAGCUGCUAAUAAUAAUAUUUAUUCUCACCUUGUGGGGCAAGCUAGCAUCUGGUGCAAACCACCAUAAAGCUCACCAUGUUAAAACUGGAACCUGUGAGGUGGUGGCGCUUCACAGAUGUUGUAACAAGAACAAGAUAGAAGAAAGAUCACAGACGGUCAAGUGUUCAUGCUUCCCAGGGCAGGUGGCAGGCACCACUAGAGCUGCUCCUUCUUGUGUUGAUGCUUCAAUAGUGGAGCAGAAAUGGUGGUGUCACAUGCAGCCAUGUCUUGAAGGAGAGGAAUGUAAAGUUCUUCCAGAUCGGAAAGGGUGGAGUUGUUCUUCUGGAAAUAAAGUGAAGACGACUAGGGUAACCCAUUAGCUAAGGACAAAUCAAGCCUAAAGCUGAGAACAUUAAACGUACCCAUAUCUGGAAUGAAUUACUGAUACCAAUCAGAAAGAAGCUUUUUAUACGGUGGGGAUUGUACCCUUUGGUACCCUCACAUUCUUCCCAACGGGAUUCUUGGCUUGCAAUUAACAACUCUUUGAGAUCACAGCUUCCUCAAAGUCAACCAUGAACUUCUGUGGGUUGUAAAGCUCUCAAUGAGAUUAGACUGUUCACACUUGUAAAUUGCACAUGCUAGAAGAAUUUAAAGUUGCAGUCCAAGGAGUUGAUAUGCUCGAAGAUGAUGGAAGAGACGCUAAAGUGUUGGGUUCUUGGCUCCUGAUGUGAUUGCUUUUCUAGUUUCUGAAAGUGGUCUACAAAACACUGGCUGGUCUACGUUCCUGAGCCCUGUAUUUCAUUGGCUGGCAGGACUGCGCACAGCUUUAAUAAUAUUUCUUCUGUAGAACUUGUCCUCUGGCAUGGCAUACCUUUGAACUUUUUGAUUUGUAUUCUAAUCUUGAAGCUCUCAAAGCCUAUGUAUUUUAACAUCUUAAAAUUGCUUUUGUUAUAGGAAUGGAAAUAUAUAUAUAUAUCUAUUGUUAAUGAUGAUUGUUGGCAAGUAAUAGUUAUCUGAUACAUCAAUCAUAUAAAAAUGUGUAGAAAAGCUGACAUCUUUCCUUCCCUGAGUCAAAUGGACUCCUCUAGCUCCUUGUCAAUUAAAUAAGUAGUGGUCAGAGCUGGAGUACCAUUUUCAUUAUAAGGUAUUUU